AUGGCAAAACUCACUGACGAUGCCGGCGAAACGUCUGGGAAUGUACCACAUCCACAGUCCGACUUUGGAAAGGAUUAUGCAUACAAUGGACUUUGGACAAGGCAUCUCAUUCCGCUGCAACACAUUGCUCCUUCAGAUAACAAACCCUCUACUCCUGAGACAUUGGUUUGCAUGAUUUCAACCACUAUCCUAUGUCAGCCUGAUUCUUCUCCAAAGUCUCAGAAGUUUGGCAGUUAUAACUCCGGCAAAUUAGGGCUUUCAUCUGCUAAUGCCAAUACUGAUUUCAAUUUUCCUUCAGGUUCCUUGUUUGCUGAUGCACACGUCUUACUUCUUUCAGCUGAUCAUUUUCUUGACCUAGCCUCCAACUUGACGCCGGGAACUGUAAAAAAUAAGUUAGAUAGGACUUCACCAGCCUGCCGGUUAUCAUAUAGCAGCCCUAGAAAGGAUAUUGUUGGGUAG